AUGUCCACAGUUAAGCUCGCACAAAAGGAUUUCGACAGAGAUGCCAAAUUCGCUAAGGCCAUGCAUGGUGAUUCUUACAAGAAGACCGGUUUAUCUGCAUUAAUUUCCAAGGCUAAGGAAGCCUCCGACGUUUCUAACGCUGCUUACUUCAAGCACUGGGACGGUGGUGUUGAAAAAACCGAUGAAGACAAGAGAUUGGGAGAUUACUCCCAGUUGACUGCCCAUUACUAUAACUUGGUUACCGAUUUUUACGAGUACGGAUGGGGUUCUUCAUUCCAUUUUUCUAGGUACUACAAGGGUGAGGCAUUCAGACAAGCUACCGCUAGACACGAACAUUUCUUAGCUCACAAGAUGAACAUUACUGAAGACAUGAAGGUUUUGGAUGUUGGUUGCGGUGUUGGUGGACCAGGUAGAGAAAUCUGCAGAUUCACCGAUUGUUCUAUUGUUGGAUUAAACAACAACGAUUACCAAAUCGAAAGAGCUAACCACUACGCUCAAAAGUACAAGUUAGACCAUAAAUUAUCCUACGUUAAGGGAGAUUUCAUGCAAAUGGAAUUUGAACCAGAAUCCUUCGACGCUGUCUAUGCCAUUGAAGCUACCGUCCACGCACCAGUUUUGGAAGGUGUUUACUCUGAAAUUUACAAGGUUUUAAAGCCAGGUGGAACUUUCGGUGUCUACGAAUGGGUCAUGACUGACAAGUAUGAUGAAGAAAAUGAAGAGCACCGUAAGAUUGCCUACGGUAUUGAAGUUGGAGAUGGUAUCCCUAAGAUGUACAAGAGAGAAGUUGCUGAGCAAGCUUUAAGGAACGUAGGAUUUGAAAUCGAAUAUCAACAAGACUUAGCUGAUAAGGAAGACGAAAUUCCAUGGUACUACCCAUUAACUGGUGAAUGGAAGUAUGUACAAACUUUUGGGGAUUACUUCACCAUUUUCAGAACCUCUAAGUUGGGUAGAGCUGUCACUACUGAAGCAGUUGGUUUAAUGGAAAAGCUUGGUUUAGCUCCAAAGGGUUCUAAGCAAGUCACUAACGCAUUAGAAGACGCAGCCGUCAACUUGGUCGAAGGUGGAAAACAAAAGUUGUUCACCCCAAUGUUCUUGUACGUUUGUAAAAAACCUUUGAACGCCAAGGAUUAA